AUGCCGCGAAGGAAGAGGAAUGCAGGCAGUAGUUCAGAUGGAACCGAAGAUUCCGAUUUCUCUACAGAUCUCGAGCACACAGACAGUUCAGAGAGCGAUGGCACGUCUCGGAGAUCUGCCCGAGUCACCCGCUCCUCAGCCCGGCUCAGCCAGAGUUCCCAAGAUUCCAGCCCUGUUCGAAAUUUGCAGUCUUUUGGCGCUGAGGAGCCCGUUUAUUCUACCAGGAGAGUGACCCGCAGUCAGCAGCAGCCAACCCCAGUGACUCCGAAAAAGUACCCACUUCGGCAGACUCGUUCGUCUGGCUCAGAAACUGAGCAAGUGGUUGACUUUUCAGAUAGAGAAGCUAAAAAUACAGCUGAUCAUGAUGAGUCUCCACCUCGGACUCCAACUGGAAACGCGCCUUCUUCUGAGUCUGACAUAGAUAUCUCCAGCCCCAACGUGUCUCAUGAUGAGAGCAUCGCCAAGGACAUGUCCCUGAAAGACUCAGGCAGCGAUCUCUCUCAUCGCCCCAAGCGCCGUCGCUUCCAUGAAAGCUAUAACUUCAAUAUGAAGUGCCCUACCCCAGGCUGUAACUCUCUAGGACAUCUGACAGGAAAACAUGAGAGACAUUUCUCCAUCUCAGGAUGCCCGCUCUAUCACAACCUCUCAGCUGACGAGUGCAAGGUGAGAGCACAGAGCCGGGAUAAGCAGAUAGAAGAAAGGAUGCUGUCCCACAGGCAAGAUGACAACAACAGGCAUGCAACCAGGCAUCAGGCACCAUCAGACAGGCAGCUGCGAUACAAGGAAAAGGUUGCUGAACUCAGGAAGAAAAGAAAUUCUGGACUGAGCAAAGAACAGAAGGAGAAAUAUUUGGAACACAGGCAGACCUACGGGAACACUCGGGAACCUCUCUUGGAAAACCUGACCAGCGAGUAUGACUUGGAUCUCUUCCGAAGGGCACAAGCCCGGGCUUCAGAGGACCUGGAGAAGUUAAGGCUGCAAGGCCAGAUCACAGAGGGGAGCAACAUGAUUAAAACAAUAGCUUUCGGUCGCUAUGAGCUUGAUACUUGGUAUCAUUCUCCCUAUCCUGAAGAAUAUGCACGACUUGGACGGCUCUACAUGUGUGAAUUCUGUUUAAAGUACAUGAAGAGCCAAACGAUACUCCGCCGGCACAUGGCCAAGUGUGUGUGGAAACACCCACCUGGUGAUGAGAUAUAUCGCAAAGGUUCGAUAUCCGUGUUUGAAGUGGAUGGCAAGAAAAACAAGAUCUAUUGCCAAAACCUCUGCCUGUUAGCCAAGCUUUUUCUGGACCACAAAACAUUAUAUUAUGAUGUGGAGCCCUUCCUGUUCUAUGUUAUGACAGAAUCGGACAACACUGGCUGUCACCUGAUUGGAUAUUUUUCCAAGGAGAAGAAUUCAUUCCUCAACUACAAUGUAUCCUGUAUCCUUACUAUGCCUCAGUACAUGAGGCAGGGCUACGGCAAGAUGCUCAUUGAUUUCAGUUAUUUGCUUUCCAAAGUGGAAGAAAAAGUUGGCUCCCCAGAACGUCCGCUCUCAGACCUGGGGCUCAUAAGCUAUCGCAGUUACUGGAAAGAAGUGCUUCUUCGUUAUCUGCAUAAUUUCCAAGGCAAAGAGAUUUCUAUCAAAGAAAUUAGCCAGGAGACAGCUGUGAAUCCUGUGGACAUUGUCAGCACUCUGCAAGCCCUUCAGAUGCUCAAGUAUUGGAAAGGAAAACACCUAGUUUUAAAGAGACAGGACUUGAUUGAUGAGUGGAUAGCCAAAGAGGCCAAGAGAUCCAAUUCCAAUAAAACCAUGGAUCCCAGCUGUUUAAAAUGGACCCCUCCCAAGGGCACUUAA